AUGUAUUCAGUGUUAAUUAUCGUUUUAGGUUCUGCUCUUCGUUGGAAUCAAACGGGUGUAGUAGCCGCUGGCACCGGCUCAGGGGGUUCAGGUUCUACGGAAUUGAAGAACCCUGUUGGUUUGGUUAUUGAUGGAAACAAUACACUUUACAUUGCUGACCAUCAUAAUGAUCGUGCUCAAGAAUGGCUUGCAGGUGCGACAAGUGGUAGCACAAUCGCUGGCACCGGUGCUGGCACAGGUGCAACUUCUCUUUCACACCCUCAGUAUAUCGCUUUAGAUAAAAAUGGAUACAUUUAUGUUACCGGACAUGCACUCAAUGAAGUUUUACGCUUUCCUCCCAAUUCACCCAUUGGCACAUCAGUUGCUGGAACCGGUACGAGCGGAAGUGCACUUAGUCAACUCGAUACACCAACAGAUAUAGUUGUUGAUGAUAAUUUCAAUGUCUAUGUCAUUGAUUCAAAAAAUCAACGAUUGAUGAAAUGGCCUCCAAAUGCAACAAAUGGUAUUGUUAUGAUUAGCGAUUUCAAUAGUGAUGGUGUAGUUGGAUUACUAUUUGCUCCUGGCUCCACAGAUGAAGUUUAUUUGAGUGAUAGUAAAAAAAAUUGUAUAUAUUUGUGGAAAUUUAAUGAUUCAGCUCCGACUACAACUCUAACUCAAGUCAAUAGUACUACCAAUGCUUUAAGCAAACCACAAGGUAUUGUUUACGAUUCUUCUAAUAAUAUGUAUGUUGCCGAUAAUGGUAAUGAUCGAGUGGUUAUGUAUUCUGUCAAUUCAACAGUGGGUAUUCCUGUAGUUGGGGGAUGUAGUACUACACCUGUGCCAAACGCGCCAAUGGACGUUGCCUUCGACUCAAAUCUCAGCUUGUAUGUGACCCUUGAUGGUAAUGAAGUAGUAAAAUAUGCCCUACUUUGA